GUGACAGUACAGCCAGUGCCAACGGAGACGCAUUCAGUAAUAAACGGCAAAUCCAAAAUAUAAUGCGUCGAAAUGUGCGCCAACAACAGUACAACUGGGAGAAUGCGCAGUCAGACGGAAUGGAUGAUAUAUUUGCCAGACCCGCCCACGACAGUGCACUUAUGGAGAUGGUGCAGUUGGCAAACGGAUCUAGUGGCGGCCACACAAAGAUGUCGCGCUUAGAGAACACACUGGAGGUAAAAGUACAAGAGGGCGAUACAUUGCAAGCAUUGGCGCUGCGUUUUCACUGCUCUGUAGCGGACAUCAAGCGCUUGAACAAGAUUGAUCGCGACAAUGAGAUACACGCACGUCGAAUUAUUCGGAUUCCAGUUACAGUGCACAACGUAUUGCUGGGAGCAAGCGAUGGUGAUGCCUUGCCUGCCAUACAUCGUAGCGGGAACAAUAGCCCUAGGCACAAUAUAGACCAAGAGCCGGCCAUUGAGCGUAAUCCGCUGGAGGAUGCACGAAUGAUGCUGGGUGAACGACUUUUGGUGGCAGCUGUGAACGCCUCUGGUACUGUAGCUGGAGAAGUUCCAGCUUCAAUCCGAAGAGAUGGCAGCAAAUUCUAUGAAGGCGCUCAUGGCUAUCCAGAUGAUGACGCCAACAUGGAGAAGCCCAUGGACGACAACACGGCCCUGCUGGAUGACAUGCUAGUGGAUAGGCAUGCGCCCAUUAUUCGUCCCAUUCCUGGUCCUUCGUUGCGGGCGAUUGACUGGUCUGGCUCGGAUUGUGACAUGUCGUGGAUAUGUCUGCUGAUAUUUAUACUCGCACUCUGUGUUGUCAUCCCAUUGGUCUAUGUCAUAUAUCUGGCGGAGCAUCCACAUCACAAUCACACCUCAUAGCCGAAGUGAAUGAACAGUCUCAGUCCAUUCCAAAUGUGCUACGAUUUUAAUUCUCUCCUCUAACACUUCUUUGCUCCGAAACCAAUGCAUUUUAAAUGCAGCAGCUACGAGCCAUAGAAUUUAUUUUUAUAAAAAUAUUUAAUUCAUAGCAAUAAAGUACCAAUUGUGACUUGUACAAUGUCUACAUAAU